GUAAGCAAUUCAAGAUGGCCGACUUUGUCAGCAAUGUCGCGGCUGUAUCAGCACUGAAGGAAAUGGAUGAUGAUAUGGAGAAGCAAAGAAAUAAUACGUGUCAUAUAGCGUUUCUGGCAGCUUCUAUUAUUCAAAUUAUAGAGAGGGAAGAAAAAUCUCGAAUCAGAGGUUAUGUAGAAGAGGUGGUGCCUAACUACGCCGAGGACGACUUCGGAGCUAUGUUCCAUAUGAAACCAUCCACAUUUCAGUCACUAUUGGAUUGUAUCAAAGAUGUUCCUAAACUACAACCUGCAGGAGCCGGCAGACGAGAUCCUAUAUGCAUAGAAAAGCAACUUCUCAUUACCCUAUGGUACGUUGGUGGAAAUGACUCUAUCAGACGCAUUGCAGAUAGAUUUGGAGUUUCGCAGUCAACCGUAAUAGCAUGUAGAGACAAAAUCAUGUCCGUGUUACUGACAUUAAAGAACAGACUUAUCACUUGGCCAAAUCAGCAAGAAAUUCCGCCUGUGCAGCAGAAAUUUGAACGGAGAAAUGGAUUUCCUGGCAUUCUUGGGGCUAUAGAUGGAACACAUAUAGCUAUAAGGGCACCAAAAGAGAACCCACAGCGAUAUGUUAAUAGAAAACAGUUUCAUUCAAUACAGCUCCAGUGUGUAUGUUUGCACAAUAUGCAGUUUAGUCAUGUGAGUGUUGGCUAACCGGGCAGUGUACAUGAUGCUCGUGUGUUACUUAACUCUGACCUCAAUGAAACAGUACUCAGAAAAUGCAAGUAUGAAUAUCACAUUUUGGGCGAUGGGGCAUAUCCAUUAAGAAAAUGGCUAUUGACGCCAUACAGGGACAAUGGUCAUUUGACUCCUCAGCAAAAGAGGUAUAAUUACUACCAUUCUUCCAACAGAGUGGUCAUUGAGAGAUCAUUUGCUCUUCUGAAGUCUAGGUUUAGGCGACUUCAUAAGAUUGAUACUGCAUCUGUUUCAACUGCGGUAGACAUUAUUAUGUCAUGUUGCAUGCUUCACGUUUUAUGCCUGCUAGAAAACGAUGUGAUAGAUGAUGAUAUUGGAGAAGCUGAUGAGGAUGUUGGCAUUCCAUGCAAUGUUGUGUUCCAAGAGCAAAGUGCUGAAGGGAUUUUAAAGAGAGAUUGCAUUGCAGCAAAUUUAGUGUAGUUUACUAAUUUUUUUAAAUGCAUGUGGACAAGUCAAACAUAUUAAGAGUA